CAGAAUACCUACUUGCGCGAUAGAAAAUAUUGAAAACAAAAAUGUUUUUACUGUUUGCAUUAUUAAAUAUAUUCGGAGCUUUUGUGAUAAUUGUCAGUGAAAAAGAAAAGAUGCCUCGAUAUGUUGUUGAAGAAGGUGUUAAACCACCAAUUUUCGGUUCAUACAGUUACAACCCUCUUACACAAACAUUCGAUGUACAGGAUGAAACAUCAAGCAAAGGCAGUGUAAUUCAAAUUCAAAUAUAUAAUAAAACAAAUACGGAAAAUGAACGUGGGAAAACGGAAGACUUAUCACGAGUUUUUAGAAAGAAUGUCGUAUCGAAUAUGCCAAGAUCUUUGAAAACGUUAAACUGGUGGCCUCUCUUUGGGAAAAACAAAACGAACAAUUUUUUUAAGACAAUGACAACGAAGAAGCAGAAGACAAAGCUAAAUGAAAUAUAAAAAGGAAGCUGUAUAAUAUAAGAGAGGAUUGACGAAAUUUUGUUUGUACAAGCCCACACAAACAGAAAUAAAAAUGGAAAACAA